AUGCAGUACACUUCGCCCACACUGCAGUUCCACGAGGACGGCUACGAGGUCCAGGACCCCCGCAUCAAGCCUGCCCGCGGCUACGGCCUCAACCGAUGCCAUCCAGGUGGAGCCGGAGCCGGUGCCGAGCGCGCAGAUCUGCCCACCGAACUCGAUGUUCUCAUCAUCGGCGAGGGGCCCGCCGGCAUGACGACAGCAGCUCAGCUGAGCGCUUUCCCCGACCUCAACGUCCGGCUCGUUGAGAAGCGGCCGAGCAUGCUUCUUGUCGGACAGGCCGACGGCAUUCAGGCGCGUUCGGUCGAGACAUUCCAAGCGUUCGGCUUUGGCAGCCGUAUCGUCGAGGAAAGCUACCGCAUCACUGAGAUGGCGUUCUGGAAACCCGACCCCACCAACCCCAAGAACAUUAUCCGCACAGCUGUCGCUCCCGACGACCCUGCCGAGAUCUCCGAGUUCCCUCACAUCAUCAUCAACCAGGCGCGUGUCAUGCAGUACUUUGGCGACUUUAUGCGCAACGGUCCAAGCAAACUCGUUCCAGACUACGGUAUCGAGUACGUCUCUCACAAGGUUGAUGAGAGCCACGAUUACCCCGUCGAGGUAACCCUGCGGCGCGACGGCAAAGAGUUCACCGUUCGGACCAAAUACCUCGUCGGCGCGGACGGAGCGCGCUCGCAAAUCCGCCGAGACAUCGGCGCGAUGCGUCUUGGCCAACAGGCACUGCACGCGUGGGGUGUCAUGGACACGCUGAGCGUCUCCGACUUUCCCGACCUGCGGACAAAGUGCGCAAUCCAGUCAAGCGCUGGAUCCAUCCUGCUCAUCCCACGCGAGGGCGGUCAGCUCACGCGCCUCUAUGUCGACCUCGGCGACCAGGACGAGACCGACGCGGGUGAGGUGCGCAAGACCAACAUCAAGCAGAUUAUCCAGUACGCCAACAACAUCCUCCACCCCUACAAGCUCGAUGUCAAGGACGUUGCGUGGCACUCGGUGUACGAGGUUGGACACCGCGUCACGGACCGCUUCGACGACGUACCGGCGGACCAGGUCGGCAAGCGCGACCCCCGCGUCUUCAUCCUGGGUGACGCGUGCCACACUCACUCGGCCAAGGCUGGCCAGGGCAUGAACGUGAGCAUCCAGGACGGCUUCAACAUUGCAUGGAAGCUCGGUCACGUCCUUAUGGGUCUUGCACCCCCUUCGCUUCUGGCGACAUACACUGGCGAGCGUCAGGUCAUCGCUCAGAACCUCAUCGACUUUGACAUGCAGUGGUCAUCAAUGAUGGCGGCCAAACCAGAAGACUUUGAGUCUCCGACCGAGCUCGAGGACUUUUACGUCCGCACCGCCGAGUUCCCUGCCGGCUUCAUGACCGAGUACAAGCCUGGUCUGCUCACGGGAAGCACAGAGCACCAGGCUCUGGCCAAGGGGUACCCAGUCGGCAAGCGGUUCAAGUCGACCCUCGUGUCGCGCCGGUCCGACGGCAACCCCGUCCACCUAGGCCACACUGCUCUCGCCGAUGGCAAGUACCGCAUCUACGUUUUCGCGGACCCACCCAAGGCCGGGCAGCCGAGCAAGGUCGCUGACCUCGGGCGCUGGCUGCAAGAGGACCCAGCGUCACCGAUUCAAGGCCGCCAGCACUGGUUUGACGUCAAGGUCAUUUACCAGCAGCGCCACAACGACUUUGAGCUCCUCGACACUCCCGACGUCUUCCGCCCUGCGUACGGCAAGUUUGGGGUCAGGCAGUACGACCGCAUCUUUGGUGUCCACCCCCAGGUCGACAUUUUCGAGGAACGCGGUCUUUCACGCGAGGGUGUGGUGGUCGUCGUCCGUCCCGACCAGUACGUCGCACAGGUUCUGCCCCUUACGGCGACCAAGGAACUGGCCGAGUACUUUGCGGGCGUCAUGCCUUUGCGGCGUCCUAACGGCGCGGCCUGA